AUGGAGACAGCAGCAGUGGUAGAAGAAGGAUUCUUUGAUGUGAAGAACUCAGUGAAGCCGCCAUGUCAGUCCUCGAGAUCUCGCUCUGUCUCUGUUCCUGCCCGGAAUCACGAGAAGCUCUCUGCACCGGUGUCGAUCUACAGAGAACUUCCUCCAACAUCUUACUGCGUAAAGUUCGAGUCUUUUGCGACCAUGAUGAAACAGGUCAAGGAUGGCAAGUACGAGUCGCGCCCUUUCUCCGUCGGCGGACACAAUUGGUACGCGUGCACGUCGCUCUCAAUCUCAUUUUGUGUACAAGUCUUCAACUUUAUAAUUUGA